CAGACAGACAGACAGACAGACAGACAGAGCAUCUCUCCUCUCUCGCAUCAGCAAGCAUCACGGGGUUUAAUCGCUCUCCUUCUCCAUCACCGAGGGCGUACAGGAGGAGGCGUCUGUCAAACCUGUGGAGCGUCUGUCUGUCUCUCUGUCUGUGUCCGUCUGUCUGUUUGGAAGACGCUACACGCGCCGUCUUUAUAGUAGUAGUUGUAGUUUGGGGACAAUAAACCGGUUUUACUGCUCUUUGGCGGAGAGCGGGGUGGGGGGGAAUCUCCGCUGUCAUCCCGGAAGACUCAUCACAAUCUCGCCUCAAAGGAAGUUGAAGCAAACAGGUGCGUGGACCACAGCUCCUUGAUUUCUUGCUCUGUCUCCUGAAUAUAGCUGUGUGUGUGUGUGCGAUUUUUGGAGCCAAUCAAGCAGCCAUGGACGUGUUUAAGAAGAGUUUAUCUAAAGCCAAGGAUGGGGUCGUGGCAGCGGCGGAGAAAACCAAGCAGGGAGUAACUGGAGCGGCUGAGAUGACGAAAGAUGGGGUUAUGUUUGUCGGUACUAAAACAAAGGAUGGAGUCACAACAGUUGCAGGUAAAACUGUGUCUGGAGUGUCUCAGGUGAGUGAAGCGGUGGUUACCGGGGUUACGGCUGUGGCCCAGAAAACCGUAGAGGGUGCAGGCACUAUUGUCGCUGCCACUGGACUGGUCAAGAAGGAUCCAGCCAAACAAGGUGAUGAUGCCUCAGCAGCACAGAAUGUGGCAGAGUCACCGGUUGAUACUGACCCUGCUGAUGCUACAGAGGAGGACAGCGAUGACUAAAAUGGCUGAGAGCUUCACAAUCAAAGAUCAAUGACCGAAACAUUCCAUGUCGCUCUGCCAAGUCCCGUUGUGCCUCGUUCUGGUCUUUUAUGGAGUCUGUGCCCAACAUCUGUGGGUGUGUGUGCGCGUUUGUGCCGUUAUGUACGUCUGUACAGCAGUAUAUGUAUAAAUGUUGUAGAGAAAGAGAGAUGUUGUGUGAGUGUGUAUAUGCGUGUGCCUUUUGCACAUCAGUCCUGAGAGGGACCUCAGGUGUGUGUUGUCUGCGACCGGCUGUCAUUUACAGUGACUCCCUCCCACUGAGAAGGCCACCCGGUCAAUAUGUGUGGGUGCAUGCAUAUGUGUCUAUAUGUCCAUUUUCUGUCAACUGUGUGCUAUGUCAAUAACUCAAACACGGAAAUAUACCACAAUUUACCACUUCAAGCACCUAAGUGUCUCUAUAUAAAUGAACAAUUUACAGUGAUCUGGUUGAAAUGGAAGUAUAAUGAUAUUCUCUAUUUUUGUCUGUAUACUGUCACUGUUUUUCGCGGUGGACUAUAAAGUGCUGAGCUAUUUGUGCAUUCAUACUGUAUUUUUUAAGUUAUCACUGCUAAAAAAAAUAAAUAUCAUACUGAAUGGACUUUUGAAAAACCAAGAGCAUGUAAACUACUAUUCAGCUUAACUGCUGUGAUAUGAAUUUAUUUGGAUUUAAGUGUUGAAUAAAAUAUGUAAAAAGUU